AUUUAGGUAGCAGUGGGGAAAAGAAAAUGGAAUCCAAUGCUAGCAUGGUAGCUCAACAAAUCUAACAAUUAACUGGAAAUCGUAACAUACAUCUAAGGUUUGCUGCCUACUGCUGUCGGCAUGGACUCAAUAGAACAGACCAAUGCACUUAAUGAUGAUGGUAGUUCAGGUACAACAGACGGACAACAGAGCCAGUCAAGCGGGGCGGACUCUGGCACCAGGCCGUCCUUGUCGCAGGUUAAAAAGUCCUGGGGAUUCAGAAGGACAACCAUUGCUCAGCGGGAGUUCAUGGAGGAGGUCGGAGAUGUAAGCUACAGUCCCCCGCUGGUUCGAAGGGGCAGAAGUCGAAAAGCCAACAAAACACCAGAGACAAACACAGAGUGCAGCACCAAACAGAGAACUCAAACAGCUAGGAGUGUGAUAGAGAACCUGCAGUGGUCUGCCCCUUCCUCACCUGUGUCAGAAGAUAGCAAGGAACCACCCGUGUCAGAAGAUAGCAAGGAACCACCAGAGACAUCUGCUGGAGGGGCCUUUGAUCCCAGCUUAUGGCAGGACUUUGGAUCUGCUUUCCACACUGCCUUCUCUCUGCUUGGUGGCGAUGAAGGCCUGACAUUCACAGAUGCACUUGCAGUUCCUGAUUUUUUGGGGCCUGCUAAUGAAAUUGAGCCCGCUGAUCCACAGGCUGUAGAAGACAAUGAGGUCCCUGAUGAUGUGGAUGACAUGGAGGUUACACAGCCUCAGGCUCCUGAAAUGGACGAUACACAGCCUCGUGCCCCUGACAGUGUCGCAGAGAGACAGAGCGAUUAUAUGGUUGUGGUCUCUAGUCAAGAAGAGGACAGUGAUGAACUUAGUCUGUUGCAGAUAAAAGAGCGGCUGGCCACCAGCAGCAGACAGGAAGACUCAAAGACUCGAGGUGGGAAGGGGGGAAGAGGAAAAGCUAGGGGGAGAGGGAGAGGCAGGGGAAGAGGUAGAGGAAAAGGGAAAGGGAAAGGUAGAGGCAGGGGCAGGGCAGCGGAGCUUCAGGCGAUCAUUGCGGACUGUGAGGAGAUGGAUGAUGAUGACGUGAUGGUUGUCGAUGCAGAUGAGCGGCACGAUUUACACGAGGAGAGCACCCAAAAUGAUCCGCGGAGCCCUCCAGAAAUGGAAUCAACAACUGACCGCUUUGAUAUAACUCUGAAUGCUGCUCUGCAGUCAGUCAGCGCAGACUGCAUGAUCUUAGACGGUGAUUUUAGCCAAAGCGGUGCUGGAACCCGUGGCCAGUUUGAUGAUGCACCAGAUGAGAAGGAGGGAGAGGAAGGCAGGAAACAGGGGGAGACUAUAGGAGAGCUUCCAAGCGUAACAGAGAGUAAGGGACAUGACUCCGCCAUGUGCUUCGUCUGCAGCCAAACACACAUGAAGAGGUUCAUGAUCUGCUGUAACAGCUGCCAGGAGUGGUUUCAUAGUGCCUGUGUUGGUAUCAGUGAGACACAGGAAUGGACGAUAGAAGAGAAGGAACAGGAGUACACGUGUUUAACCUGUACUACAACGAGGCAGACCAUCAUCCACUUAGAGUCUCACCUUGAGCCAGACCUUAGCUUUCCUGAAUGUCUGACACUAAGUCCUCCUGAAGUGGGAUUGGAGCAACAAGAGGAGCAACAGCAAGCUGUCAAGGAGGCUGUUUUAGUGGAGGAGAGGGAAGAAGAGAGGGAAGCUCCGCAGACAAGGCCUGAAGCGGAAGCUGAGGGUGACCCUGAAGCUGAAGUGGAAGCUGAAGCCGAACCUCAGAGCGAGAUGGAGACGGACGGUUCUCUCGGUCUGUGCACAGGGCCUGGCUGCGCAAAACAAGCGCUGCCGGACUCUGUUUACUGCGGCACCGACUGCAUCCUCCAGCAUGCCGCUAUUACUAUGAAGACUCUUUCCAGCGCUGAGGUGUCUAAAUCCAAACGACCACAGAGGAAAGCUGCAGCAGUCAAACCUGCAAAGGCUCAAAGCUCGCACCGAACAUCUAAGAGGUUGUCGAGAAAAGCUUUGGAGGAUGCUGAGGAAGUGGAGAUGAAGGAGGAGCACGCAGAGCGGGAGGAGCCGUCUGCUUCUCCUAAAACCUGUGACCCCAGUCUCACAGAUGUUAUGUCAGCUUCCAUACCGUCAUCUAGCCUAAACACCACGUCUGACGAGACCAGUGACAAGCCAGAAAUCGACACUGAGACCAUAACUCCUAAACAAGUUCUGGAGGAGCCCCCAAAAGAUGCUCCUCUGCUUUCCCAGCCUGUAACGGAGGAACCCCCAUUACAGAAUCUGUCUCAGGAAAAAGAACCUGAAAAUACCGAUGUGUCUGAUCAGCAAACCGCGGCAGAAGGGGCCUCAACACCCGCCACACCUGAAAAAUCGGAUCACCCUCCAGCCACACAAGCCCCAUCCACUUCAGCUGUUCGAUAUCAUGAGAUGGGUGCCCUAAUUGUCAAAAAGACCACAUAUGUAAUACCAAAGAAACAGCCGGUAUCUCAGGCUCCAUGCAGCCAGCCGUCCCAGAAAACGUCUUCAGUUCCCACUCUGCUGAAUGAAACCCGUAAUCUGCUGGUGCCUCCAGCACCCAGUGCGCCGUCCUCCAGACCCUCUCAGCCCAAUAACCAGGUCCGACAGAGCAUCCAGCGCUCUCUUACCACCAUCCUCUUCAAGAGGGUAAGCGAUUGUGAAGAUCUGGAGAUGCCAGAGAGAGAAGUUGUGAAACUUGUCGCUGGCAUUGAGAAGGAAAUGUUUGACAUAUUCCGAAAUACAGACAGCAAAUACAUGAACAAGUAUAGGACAAUAAUGUUCAACCUAAAAGACCCAAAAAAUAAGGGCUUGUUGUAUCGAGUUGUAAAUGGAGAAAUUGGUCCAUUCAGACUAGUGAGAAUGACCCAGAAGGACAUGCAGGCUACUAAGGCCCCUGAACCGACCACUAAGGAAACUACUCAGGUUAAAGUUGAAGCUGCUGAGGGGACAAAUAUAACGAAGCCUGAAGCUGUGAAGAUUGAUUUGCCCAGUUAUAAUCCUGUGAGACCCGAAAAGAAAUCUGAGAGCACGGUUUUGAUGGAUUCUCCUGCCUCCCCAACAUUAGAGUCUCCUGCUUCCCCCAUCAUGGAGUCCCCUGCCUCUCCAACCCCAGAGAGCUGCACAGUACCUGCACCGAGGAGAGCAUACACACCAGUCGUGGUCCCCACUGUCUCCACUGUAACGAUCACAAGACGUGAUCCUCGAACGGCGGCAAACAGGUUCACAGCUUCCCCGGGUGGCAACUCCAGCCUCGGUAACAGCAUUACCAAACAAGCAUCUCCUUACGUCGCUAUAAAAGGCAGCCCGACCUCUAGCUCUACACCACCGCCUUCAUUACCACCACCGAAAGCAGCACCCAAAUCAAUCUUAAUGAAGCCGUCCUCUUCUGCUGAUCCAAGACUUUAUAGUGCAUCCUCGAGAGCCACAGUCUCUCAAACCUCAACCGAUGGUGACACUCCACAGUUCCUAGCUAAACAGGGCAUACUUUGGAAAGGCUUUCUAAACAUGCUCACGGUGGCUAAGUUUGUGACGAAGGGAUAUCUGGUCUCAGGAUCUGCUGAAAGUCUUAAAGCGGAUUUGCCUGACACAAUACAGAUUGGGGGGCGAAUCCCACCUGAAACUGUGUGGGACUAUGUUGAAAAACUAAAGACCUCAAUUACAAAGGAAUUGUGUGUGAUCAGGUUUCACCCUGCAACCGAGGAGGAAGAGGUGGCCUAUGUGUCCCUUUUUUCCUACUUCAGCAGCAGAGGCCGUUUUGGUGUGGUUGCCAACAUCAGUCGCUCCAUCAAAGAUGUAUAUCUUGUCCCUCUUGGUGCAAAUGAAUCCAUUCCAUCCAUACUACAACCUUUUGAUGGUCCAGGCCUUGAAAAGAACCGACCCAAUCUUCUUUUGGGUCUAGCGAUUGUCCAGAAGUUAAAGCGUCCAGGAAGCUUGCCUCAGGGGGUUGAAGAGAAGAAACUCAAAGUUAACAUGUCCAAAGACCCUAUGUGGAUCCCUAAACCACCAGUCCUCUAUGGUUCGGACAAGUUUGACGUAUUCAAACCAUAUGAUCCAGAGACUGCAGAAGGCAAAGGUCCUCACCUAAAAGACGGAGUCAUCGAGAAAGGGACCACAGAAGCCCAUCAAGAAGGUCACAGAGGCGUUCUCACUCUCAUUCUAGGAGACACGGAGACAAGGAUAGACACAGAAGAAGUGAAAGAGACAGGUCACGGCACAGAACCAGAGAUCCGACUGAAUAUUCGGGACACCAUCGGAAGGACCAUACUACUAGUAGACAUUCUCACAGGCGGAGAAGAUCCUCAUCUUCCCCAAGAAAAAAGCACUCUGUGUCCCUUUCACCAAAACGCCACAGGGGACCCCCUUCACAAGUCAUCGAUAAAACAAAACAUGGAAGUCCAAGCAAUCCUCCUGAGACUGUAA